AUGGGCCGGGUCCCCAGCGGUCUGGCCGAAUCCGGUCGGACCGAACCUGGUCGAACCGAACCCGGUCGGGCCAUGGUCGAACCGGUCCAGCCGGCUGGGUAUCAGAAUCAGGCGGGCAGCAGGUGCUACCCAGGGCCGCAAGGCCAGUUCGACGAGUACUGUGGGCCCUUUCCUUCUUCGGCAUUCCAGCGGGGCGCCGGGAAGGAAUCCAAGAGGAUAUGGACGGGGGAUCGAAGGCUGAAGGGUGAGUUAAGCGGAAGGGCCGAGUACCAGGAGGAUGAGGGAGACGACUGGGGGUGUGACGGGGACCCGCGCUUCACUCAGCACUACUACAGCGGGGGCCCAAGUUCAGGAAGGAAUGCCGGUCAUUUCCGGGGUGGGGAGGAAGAGGAUGAGAUGGUGUUUCGAGCGCGGCCUCCCACUAUUGAGUUCCCGAAGUACAAUGGUCGUGAGGAUGCAGGAUUGUGGCUGUACUCAGCUGAGCGAUGGUUCAAGAACCAUCCCACUAGGGAAGAACGAAAGGCGCAAUUAGCUUCCUUCUACCUGGAGGGAGAUGCCCUGCAGUGGUGGGAGUGGAUGGAGCGGACCUAUGCCGAGGCUCGUACGCUAAUCACUUGGCCGAUGUUCAAGGAGGAGUUGCGGUACUAG